AUGUCGUUCCGGAAGGUUGUGCGCCAGAGCAAGUUCCGCCAUGUCUUCGGGCAGCCCGUCAAGAAUGACCAGUGCUAUGAUGACAUCCGCGUUUCCCGCGUCACCUGGGACAGCAGCUUCUGUGCUGUCAACCCCAAGUUCGUGGCCGUGAUCGUGGAGGCCAGCGGGGGAGGGGCCUUCAUGGUGCUGCCAGUGCUCAAGACAGGGCGCAUCGAUAAGUCGUACCCCACGGUGUGUGGGCACACGGGCCCUGUCCUGGACAUCGACUGGUGCCCACACAAUGACCAUGUCAUCGCCAGCGGCUCCGAGGACUGCACCGUCAUGGUCUGGCAGAUCCCAGAGAAUGGACUAACACAGCCCUUGACAGAGCCCGUGGUGGCCCUGGAGGGGCACUCGAAGCGCGUGGGCAUCAUCACCUGGCACCCGACCGCCCGCAAUGUCCUCCUCAGCGCAGGCUGUGAUAACGUGGUGAUCGUGUGGAACGUGGGCACGGCCGAGGAGCUGUACCGCCUGGACAGCAUGCACCCCGACCUCAUCUACAACGUCAGCUGGAGCCACGACGGGAGCCUCUUCUGCUCCGCCUGCAAGGACAAGAGCGUGCGCAUCGUGGAUCCCCGCCGAAGGGUGGUCGUGGCGGAGAAGGAGCGUGCGCACGAGGGAGCGCGGCCCAUGCGUGCUAUCUUCCUGGCUGACGGCAAGAUCUUCACCACAGGCUUCAGCCGCAUGAGUGAGCGGCAGCUGGCGCUCUGGGACCCGGAGAACCUGGAAGAGCCCAUGGCGCUUCAGGAGCUGGACUCCAGCAACGGAGCCCUGCUGCCUUUCUACGACCCCGAUACCAAUGUCAUCUAUGUCUGCGGCAAGGGGGACUCAAGCAUCAGGUACUUUGAGAUCACAGAGGAGCCACCCUACAUCCACUUCCUGAACACCUUCACCAGCAAGGAGCCCCAGCGUGGCAUGGGCUGGAUGCCCAAGCGGGGUCUGGAUGUCAGCAAGUGUGAGAUCGCCAGGUUUUACAAGCUUCACGAGCGCAAGUGUGAGCCCAUCAUCAUGACAGUGCCAAGGAAGUCGGACCUGUUCCAGGACGACCUGUACCCAGACACGGCUGGGCCAGAUGCAGCCAUGGAGGCCGAGGAAUGGGUGGCCGGGAAGACAGCAGGUCCCAUGCUGAUCUCGCUGCGCGAAGCCUAUGUACCCAGCAAGCAGCGGGACCUGAAAAUCAGCAAGAAGAAUGUGCUGCAUGAGAGCCGCCCAGCUCCCGCCUCCAGCACCGGCAGUGCCACGCGCCUCAGUGCCACGGCCGCGCCCGCCACGGUGCCCAGCAUCAGCAUCAGCACCGCCCCCGGGGUAUGUACAGGUGGCGGGCGGCUGGAGGAGGUGCUGCAGGAACUGCAGGCGCUGCGGCUGCAGGUGAAGGAGCAGGGUGAGCGUAUCAGCAGGCUGGAGGAGCAGCUGAGCCGCAUCGAGAAUGGGGAUGUCUAG